AUGAUUAGAUUCUCUAGAAAUCUCCCCGCAUUACGUGGACUGCAGAGAUCCAGACUUUCAAAAAGCUUGGUGUGCAACAACUUUAGGUUCAAUACCGUUGUCGGAAGUCGAGCUUAUGUCUCAGCCCCACCUGCCCAGGAUACGUUUCUUCAAGGUGAUGCGGCCAAUUAUGUCGAUGAGAUGUAUGAAGCUUGGUUGAAGGAUCCUAAAUCGGUUCAUAUAUCUUGGAAUGCCUAUUUCAGUAACCUUCAGGGUGGUCGUCCUUCCGCUACUGCUUUUGUGGCACCUCCAACGCUAAUUCCUGGUCCUGUCGGUAGUUUGAGCAUGUUACCUAACAGUCAGACCUCUGGAAAUGAGGAUAUUGUAACCCAUUUGAAAGCCCAACUUAUGGUUCGUGCUUACGAGGUGCGCGGUCAUCAGAAGGCUCAUUUGGAUCCUCUUCAUAUUGCUUUUGGUGAUGCUAAUGAUUUGCAUAUACCACUUGAGUUGACACCGGGUUACUACGGCUUCACUGAGGCAGACAUGAACAAAGAUAUUGCUUUGGGCCCCGGUAUUCUUCCUAACUUCGCCAAACUAGGCGUUUCAACUAUGAAAUUGAAGGAUUUAAUUGCUACUUGUGAGAAAAUUUAUUGCUCGACUUAUUCUGUUGAGUAUAUUCAUAUUCCUUCUAGAGAGCGUUGCGAUUGGAUCCGGGAGCGCGUUGAGAUUCCUGAAGCCUUCAAGUUCACUCCUGACCAAAAACGUCAAAUAUUGGAUCGUUUGGUCUGGUCUUGUGAGUUUGAAAAUUUCCUUUCUACAAAGUAUCCUAACGAUAAGAGAUUUGGACUGGAAGGUGCUGAAUCUGUUGUGCCUGGCAUGAAGGCAUUAAUUGAUACAUCUGUUGAUCUUGGCAUCGAAGACAUUGUUAUUGGUAUGCCACAUCGUGGUCGACUCAACAUGUUGACCAACGUUGUCAGAAAGCCUGCCGAAGCUAUAUUUUCUGAGUUUUCGGGCUCUACAGCUCAAGAUGAGGGUUCUGGUGAUGUGAAAUAUCAUUUGGGAAUGAAUUACUGCCGUCCGACAACUUCUGGUAAAAGUGUCAACUUAUCCAUUGUGGCAAAUCCAUCCCAUUUAGAAGCCGAAGAUCCGGUUGUUCUUGGUAGGACUCGUGCCAUCCAGCAUUUUAAGAAUGAUGUCGGUGAAUUCAAUAAGGCAAUGUCGGUUCUUUUCCAUGGUGAUGCUGCAGUUGCCGCUCAAGGUGUUGUUUAUGAGUCCAUGGGAUUUUCGCAUUUGCCUGCAUACUCUACUGGUGGUACUAUUCAUAUUAUCGUGAAUAACCAGAUUGGUUUCACUACUGAUCCUCAAUUUGGUCGUUCCACUAGAUAUGCAUCUGAUAUUGCAAAAGCUUUUAAUGCGCCUGUCUUCCAUGUCAAUGCGGAUGAUGUGGAGGCAGUUACCUUUAUGUUCAAUUUAGCUGCUGAGUGGCGUGAAACUUUCCAUUCUGAUGUCUUUUUGGAUGUGGUCGGUUAUAGAAAGCACGGUCACAAUGAAACUGAUCAACCUUCUUUCACCCAACCUCUGAUGUACAAGCAAAUUGCAAAAAAGAAGUCGGUUCUUGACAUGUAUGUCAAGCAAUUAUUGAAAGAAGGUGUGUUUACGCAGGAGGACAUAGAAGAGCACAAGCAAUGGGUGUGGAAAACUUUACAGACUUCACUUGACAAGGCAAAAGAUUACACUCCAGAGACUCGUGAAUGGCUUACUUCUCCUUGGGAGGGAUUCAAAUCACCAAGACAAUUGGCCCACGAGAUUUUGCCUCACUUACCGACCGCUGUUGAUGAGAGUACUCUAAAAAAGAUUGGUGAGGUCAUAUCCACACCUCCAGAAGGAUUCAAAGUUCAUAGAAAUCUCAAACGUAUUCUUAAGAGCAGACUUAAGUCCGUGGAAAGUGGUGAAGGUAUUGAUUGGUCUACGGGUGAAGCACUUGCCUUUGGAUCACUGGCUUUAGAGGGUUACCAUCUUCGUAUUACUGGUCAGGAUGUUGAAAGAGGAACUUUCUCUCAAAGACAUGCUGUUUUGCAUGAUCAGGAUACCGGUGCCACUUAUGUUCCAUUAAAGCACAUUGGCGCAAAACAAGGCGAUUUUGUCAUUUCAAAUUCGUCUCUUUCUGAGUUUGGUGUGUUGGGUUACGAAUAUGGUUAUUCUUUGGCUAGCCCUGACUCUUAUGUGGAAUGGGAGGCCCAAUUUGGUGAUUUCGCCAACAACGCUCAAUGCAUAAUGGAUCAAUUUAUUUCUUCUGCUGAAAGCAAAUGGAAGCAACGUUCUGGUAUGGUAUUGUCGCUUCCUCAUGGUUAUGAUGGACAAGGUCCAGAACACUCCUCUGCACGUAUUGAACGUUACUUGCAGAUGUGCAACGAGGACCCACGAUUUUUCCCCUCUGAGGACAAAUUAGAGAGACAGCAUCAAGAUUGCAAUAUGCAAGUCACUUAUCCAACGACUCCUGCAAAUCUAUUCCAUCUAAUGAGAAGGCAGAUGCAUCGUCAAUUCCGUAAACCCUUGAUUAUAUUUUUCUCUAAAAGUUUGUUACGUCAUCCGUUGGCCAGAUCUGCUCUCUCCGAAUUUACUGGAGAUUCUCAUUUCCAGUGGAUCAUUGAGGAUUCUGAACUCGGAAAGAGCAUUAAGAACAAGUCUGAAAUCAAGCGUUUGGUUCUCUGUUCUGGUCAAGUGUACGCCACUCUUGUUAAGAAGCGUGAAGAUUUAGGCGACACGGACACUGCCUUUAUUAAAGUGGAGCAGUUGCAUCCAUUUCCAUACGCUCUCCUCAAAGAAGCUUUCCAAUCAUAUCCAGCCGUUGAAGACCUAGUCUGGUGUCAGGAGGAGCCUCUCAACAUGGGUGCCUGGAGUUAUAUGUACCCAAGAAUGAACUCAACAUUAAAAGAAGCUGGUGUCGAUAUUCCGCUGAGAUAUGCGGGUAGAGAUCCAUCUGCCUCAAUUGCUGCUGGUAACAAGAAGAAGCAUCAUGCUGAAGAAGAAGCUUUCUUGGCCGAGGUUUGGAAAAGCUGA